ACCUGGAAGCAACCUAAGUUAAGGAGCGUUUGUUGCAGCUUUGGCUCAAGUCCGGGCCUGAACCUGGGAAAUGCUGCUGACGCCCCAGGAAAGGUCCUCUUCAAAGAAGGGGACGGGGCUGAAUCGCUGGAAACAGUUUACAAGGAAGCCGAGUCCCACCAAGCCUAUGUUUGACCCUGACAAUAUGGAACACUGGAUUAAGAGGGUAGAGAAAGCUUCAGAAUUUGCAGUUUCGAAAGCAUUUUCUGCCAGAAAUUCAAAUUUAUCCAGGAGGCCUUGGGGCCAAAUCAUUGAUUUGGAAACACCUGAGCAAAUAGAGGAUCCUGAUGAAGUUUAUGCAGAAGCUCAGGAGUUGGUCAAUGACUGGUUAGAUACCAAACUUAAGCAAGAACUAGCAAGCGAUGGGGAAGGUGAUGCUGAAGACACUGAAUUGAGCAGCCCUCCUUUCCCAGAAUUUAAUGGGCAUUUGAAAUAUGACAAGUUUGAUGAUUUAUGUGGUUAUUUGGAGGAAGAAGAGGAAAGUACCACCGUUCAAAAAUUUAUAGACCAUCUGCUCCAUAAAGAUGUGGUAGAUUCUGGGAUGUUGGAAGAUCUUGGAAUGAAUGAAAACCAAGACAAGAAGCAGCAGAAGGAUCCUCAUCUUACCAUGGAGAUGAGACAUAAGCAGGUAAAAGAAAAUCGCUUAAGACGUGAGAAAGAACUAGAGCGCCAGAAAAUUGAAAAGACCUUGAAAAAGUCAGCAUUCUUAGAAGCUCACUUUCUGGUGCAAGAGGAGAAGAAAAGGAAGGCUCUAGAGGCCAAGAAAGAGGAGGAGGAGAUUCAAAGGGAGAUGGUAAAGCUGCGGAGGGAGAUAAUUGAGAGGAGACGCACUGUGGAAGAAGCAUGGAAAAUAGAGAAGAAAAAGCAAGAUGAAAAUUCUCAAAAAAAUCCAGAGAAAGGCGUGUUUCAGAGUGUUCAUAUUCUGGAUGCAGAAAACAUGGCAAAAGAAAGAAAGAAGAAACUUAAAAAGUUAUUAAUCCAAACUUUCAAGGAAGAUCGUGAGUGUCAAAAACGGUAUUUCUCUGCCUGGCACAAGCUGAUUCUUGAUCAUAGGAUUAAGCUGGGAAAAGCUGGGACCCUGUCUGACUGGAAGGUUCAGCUGAAGGUCCUGAGGGCGUGGAGAGACUACACAAGAUCCCAGAAGUUGGGGCGGGAGACUCAAGCCAUGGAAAAUGACCUUAGGGAAGAAAACAGAAAACAACAACUGGCCGCUGAGUAUAACCGGAAACAAGUUCUCCGACACCACUUUACAGAAUGGCAGCAUUGGCAUCGUGCCGAGAUCCUAAAGAGAGAGCUGGCUAUAACAAAGGAGGAAACUAGGAAGAAAAUGAAUGAGCUGCUGAAGGCAGCAUUACUGGGGAAACUCAUUGCAACUGUGUCAUCAAGCAGCAAUCUACUUGAGGCAACAGCCAUGGAGGAUCCAUCUAGAAAUGAAGAGGUGGCUGCCGUGCCCCCUUUGUGGGAAAAGCAUCCCCCAGGGAGCAAAGAUUAUAUGCCUAGCCCCCGCCUAAAAAACCCAGCAAAGUGUGUCUUGCAGGUUCCCCUCCAGAAUGUCCCUUUGGAUACAACUGAUGAUAAGCCACACAAGACCUUAGAUCUUGGGCCUUUCCAACAGCCUGGCAACAAGAAGCUCAAAACCAGCAGCCAGAAAGCAGAACCUGUUCGCAUGGGUUAUUUCCACAACUGCCAUAUCUUCCAGCAACAGCUGAUUGAAAAACAGAAAAAGAAGCUUCAGGAACAGCAGAAAACAAUCCUGGAGUUGAAGAAAAACCAACAACUGGCAGAGGUUCCACAGGCAGUAGGGCGUGGUGAUGCACGGAGCUGCCUGCUGUCAAACCCUAGAGAAGAUGAACAAGAAAGAACCUGCCAGCCGCUUUCAAAUUCUCCUGUCGAAUCCCCUGGGACUGAACAUGGUAGAAGUGAAUCCCGAAAUUCUCUUUCUGGACCCAGAAGGAACCCAAGGCAGCUGAUGGCACCCCAUCCCAUACUGAAAGCCAUGGAAGAGAGAGCAGUUCAACGAGCUGAACGUAGGCGGAUCUUGGCAGAGAGAAAGAAAAAACAAGAAGAAGAGAAAUUGGCCCAGUUAAAGGCCCAGGAGGAGGAACGUCAGAAGAGGGAGGCAGAAGAAAAGGAGGCUAAGCUUGAGAAGAAACGAGAAGAGAAGAGACUGAAGAAAAUGAAAGAACUCGAGAAGCAGGAGAGAAUUAAGAGGAAUCAGCAGCUGGACGCAAUCGCCAAAGAACAUUAUAAAAAAGUGUUGCUAAGAAAAAAAGGUCUGGAGCCUUGGAAGAGGCUGAGAAUGCAAAGCAAGCAAAACAUCCAGGUGGCCAUAGAGCAUCACUCCUUGGCCUUACAGAGGAAAUGCCUGCUGACCUGGUUCCAGUGGAGUCAGGAAAGCCUGGCUAGGAAGAUAGCCCAGGCUGAUCAAUUUUAUUACCAAAUAUUGCUUAGGAGAGUCACCCAGAGCUGGCUACAGUACCUGAUUGAUCUAGAGGAGGAAGAACGAAAACUGUGUGUACAUUUUCUUCAGAAGAAGGUUUUCAGGGCCUGGUAUAACCUGGUCAGGGAAGCCAAAAUCGAUUCUCAGAACAAACACAAGAUUGCAGUGGAGCACAGUGACAGGAGGAUUCUCCAGAUCACAUUUCAGACAUGGAGGAAGUUUGCAAAAUUUACCAAAGAGGAAAGAGGAAAAGAAGAAAGGCGAGAGCAGCUCCGUAGAAAAGUAGCUGAAAUUCUUCCAGACUUCCGGAUGUUCACACCGCUGUGACUCGGUGUACAGCAACAGAUGCUUGGCCCUUGGUAAGAGGAGUCCUCGGUGUGCCGGUGGACACGGUCCAAUGUGUGCUUACGAUGGGAAUUUCCACAGGUCUGCAUGUGCGCACACAUGUGUGUGAAUCUCCACCCACCCACAUACGUGCGUAUAUAUCUGGUUUAUGCUCUGCCACAUACUUCUUGGAUCAAAGAAGUUAUUUUGUGAAUUUGUACUUCCUUCUGUGAUUUCUCCUGGGGUGGUACUCAGUCCACUAAAGCAUUUAUCACAGCAGGAUCAUCCAAAGGAACAGUCCAGAGCUCUGCUGUUCCGAUGUAUCUUACAUAUUUUCAGUAUCAUAAACUUUAAAAAGGACAAGUGUUUGCUUGCCUGGAUUGUGAAGGCAAAUGUGUCCUUAUAGUUUAAUGUGAAUUGUUGACAAAUAUAACUUUAAUUAAAUAGAAAUUACAAGUAGUGGGUACUUAGAAAAGGAGGGUCAGUCAUCUAGUAACCUUAGCAUCCACAACAGGGAUUCUGCCAGACCCUGUUCUUUUUGCCCACCGGAUGGAAAACCAUGGAUCAAAAGGUACUCUAGGCCCUUGGCAGCAGUGUACCGUAAUUUCAGAGAAACUGGGGCACCAAAGGUACUUCUCAGUGCACUUCCAUAAGCACGAAGGGAAUUCCAAAAGCUAUAUAGAAUCUGUCUAAGCCAGUCCAGCAAUUUGUUAAAAUGUCUGUACAUGCUACCAUUUGCAACUUAAUAACACACUUGAGCUGUCUUUUAGUCCUCAGCUCAGUUUGAUCUAUGUAUGGAGAUACUUAUCUUGAAUUCAAAGAAUGUUUUAACCUUGAAGGUGCUAGAGAAUACAGACUGACAGAAUACUCCUGGGAAUUUUCUGAAAGAGCUGCUUGCUGGAAAAAGUUUUUUCAUUACAAAAUAUAUGCUUAUUACAAAAAAUUCAGGCAGUAAAUUUUCACAGUAGAAUGAGAAAGUCUCUUGCAGCCCUGAAGUAACUACUGUUACAUGAAUUGAAAACUGGAGUUUGUAAAAUAAAAUUCUGUGUAUUGUUCAAUAAA